AUGAUGCCCGGUCACAUUGGGUUCGGUCUCAACGAUAUCGACAUUUCUUCUCAGUUGACGCGCAACAUUAAGUUGCAAGCCCCGUUUGUUUCCAGUCCAAUGGAUACGGUCACGGAACAUACGAUGGCCAUUCAAAUGGCUUUGCAAGGAGGCAUAGGAAUCAUCCACUCGAAUAUGAGUCCAGAAGAGCAAGCGGAUCAAGUGCGCACAGUAAAAAAGUUUAAAAAUGGAUUCAUUACGGAUCCGAUCUGUUUGUCCCCGGAUAAUACUGCAGAAGAUGUUUUUAAGACCAAGGCCAAACGCGGCUUUUCUUCUUUCCCAAUCACGGAAGGCGGGAAGAUGGGAGGUAAACUUUUGGGGAUUAUUUCAAAUCGUGACACUUCCUUCAUUGAAGAUCCGACGGCCAAAAUUUCUGUUUUCAUGACUCCGCGAGAUGCCUUGGUGGUCGCGCAGGACGGUAUUUCCUUACAGGAAGCCAAUGAUGUACUGAAGAUUUCCAAAAAAGGCAAACUUCCCGUUGUCAACGAGCAGGAUGAAUUAGUCGCCUUGAUUGCCCGCACGGACUUGCAAAAGCAGCGAGACAACCCCUUGGCGUCCAAAGAGUCGGUUAACAAACAGCUACUAGUUGGAGCAUCGAUUGGUACACGCCCAGAGGACCGUGAUCGCGCCAGACUUUUGGUUGAAGCCGGUGUGGACGUGAUUGUGGUCGAUUCCAGUCAAGGCGACUCUAUCUAUCAGCUCGACAUUAUUCUGGACGUCAUUGGGGGCAACUGCGUCACUCCAUCGCAAGCCUAUCAUUUAAUUCAAGCUGGCGCCGACGGACUUCGUGUAGGUAUGGGUAUUGGCAGCAUUUGCACCACCCAAGAAGUGUGCGCUGUCGGCAGAGCGCAGGCAAGUGCAGUAUAUCAUGUUGCCAAAUUCGCACGUAAACAUGGCAUUCCGAUUAUUGCGGAUGGUGGUGUCAAAUCAACGGGGCACAUCACUAAGGCCUUAUGUUUGGGAGCUGGUUGUGUUAUGAUGGGAAGUAUGUUGGCAGGAACCGACGAAUCGCCUGGUGAAUAUUUCUACCAAGACGGUGUUCGCUUGAAACGCUAUCGGGGAAUGGGAAGCUUAGAAGCUAUGAAUAAGGGUAGUGAGAAGCGCUAUGUUUGGGAUGACACGACGACUGCCGUUAAGGUCGCGCAAGGUGUGAGUGGAGCUGUUCAGGAUAAGGGCACACUUCGUCGAUACGUCCCCUAUCUCAUGCAAGGUGUUCGUCACGGUCUUCAAGAUGCUGGUUGCAAGAGCGUCAAAGAGGCGCAAGAAAGGCUUUAUUCAGACAAGUUGCGAUUUGAAAUCCGUUCGCCGGCUGCUCAAGCAGAGGGUGGCGUCCAUGGCCUCCACAGCUUCCAGAAGCGACUUUAUUAA